UGGCGGGCGGGACAUCUCCAGCGGUGGCCAGGACCGUGCUGUCAGAUCGAUGAAGCGGCUGUUGACCAGAACUCGGCGAGAGAAGGCACGGGCAUCACUGAUCUGUCGUAUCGAUCUCUACCUUUCACCCCUCUAACAGACCUAUCCCAUUUUGCUGUGGCAGGCUGAGUGCCAUUGUCGUCGUAGUGUUGCUGUGAGGAUGAUGACGCGGUGUAAAGCACAUCACGGCGGACUGGAGAUAUCACAGCUGUGAAAAUGGUGGAUCGACGAGACGCAGGUUUUAAUACUGCUGGCUAGGAUGAACUGAGAAAUAUGUGUCUUCCAAUUCCCCCACACUGACAUGGACUCGACCGAGGUGGAACCCGACAUCAGAAAUGACAUCGUCCAGCCGCCAUCUUAUGCAGAAGCUAUCCGAACCCCUGUCCCACUUCCGCUUCCGCCAUACCGGCCUGUAGAGUUGCGCAGUCGAUCACCCCCUCCACCAUACUCAGAGGUGAUUGGUCAGGUAAUUCAUGAAAACAAUAGCCCUAUACCAGCUCAGCCAAUCAGAUGUGCCUAUCAAUCCCUCAUAGCCAAUGAGAAUGGACGAAGGGCAAGACAUUCCCGAUAUUCAUCAGGUCGUUCCCGAAGUCGUCACCCACCGACAUGGAGAACGGUGGAGCUGCAGAUACCCAGGACGUCGACUGAUGCGGCCGAGAACCUCCUCCAGCAGGUGCGACGUCCCCCCGGCUCCCUCCCACAACUGCGACUUCUCCGACCCCCGCUGCAGGACCCUCGACCUCUCCGGAACGGGUUCCCUACGGUCAACAACAAAAAGGUCAUACACAUCUUGGCUGGGGGUCUAGGUUUGCUCAUUCCACUAGGCGUCAUCAUUGCUAUGGCAACCAAAGAAACGCCCCCCGAGAUUGAGACAUCGACCCAGUUGUUGUCGACGCCGUCGAUCUUCUACAUGAAGGGCCCUGGUGUUAACGUGGACAGUGUGCACGACGACAGCGUCCCGCUGGAUAAAGUAGACAAUGUUCGGUUUAAGCCAUUCAGGAGAAAACGACGGACGAUCUGAUACCUGUGUAGCCCUCGUAGUGUAAAUAGUGACGGAUGGAUAAUAAAUGCUUUUUAUUACGUACA